UAAUCCGAAAAAAGCAACAUUCGAUAUACAAUAUGAAGACCUUCACAGUCGAAGCGUUUCUACUUCUUCUGUUCACUUUUGCUGCUUAUUCUUCACAAGCCAGACUCCAAUCUUGCAACCCCAGCGGCAAAAUAAGGGGCGAAAACCCCCCACCGGGGCAAUGCAACCAAGAAAACGACUCCGACUGCUGCAAAGCAGGGGAUUACUACACCACUUACACAUGUUCGCCUCCCGUUUCUGGAAGCACGAAAGCAGUUCUGACGCUCAACAGCUUCCAGAAGGGGGGCGAUGGGGGCGGCCCCUCCGAGUGUGACGGUAAGUACCACUCCGACGAAACGCCAGUUGUCGCUCUAUCGACCGGCUGGUACAGUGGAGGGUCGAGGUGCCUAAACAACGUCGUCAUAAGUGCUAACGGCAGGACCGUGACAGCUACGGUGGUCGACGAGUGUGAUUCUACAAUGGGGUGCGACGAAGACCAUGAUUAUCAGCCGCCUUGUCCGAACAACAUUGUCGAUGCUUCGAAGGCUGUCUGGAAGGCCUUGGGGGUGCCUGAAGAUAACUGGGGAGACUUGGAUAUUACUUGGUCUGAUGCAUAAUGCACUUAAUUCUCUUAUGUUUCUUUGUUUUCUAAUGUGUUAUGUAUUGUAAUUAAAUUGUGUAAAUGUAUUUGAAUUAUGUAUAUUAAUGAUGUAAUUAAUCUCCUUGUUCA